UGUUUAAAUAGUAAGUUUAAGGUUAUGUUAACAUCUAAUGCAUGAAUUAUGGCAAAAAUUGAAAGAUUUAUUUAUUUAAACGUAAUUUUACUAAUAAGUUUUGUUAAUAUAUCGUAUGGAAUUUAUGAAGAUCAAGUUGGAAAAUUUGAUUGGAAGAGAUCGUUUAUAGGAAGAACUAAAUAUGCAGAAAUUGAUUCUAAAAAGGUGAUUAUAGCAACAGAAGAAAACGUACUUGCCAGCUUAAGUCUCAGAAAUGGUCAGAUUUUAUGGAGGCAAGUUUUAGAAAAUUCAUUCAAUCACGAAAUAAAGUUACUGUAUGUAAAUAGAGACGUUUAUACUGUAUCAGGAACCCAAAAUAAUUGGAUAGUGCGUAGUUGGGAUAUUAAUUCUGGUUCUUUAAUAACAGAGUGGCCAAUUAUAACAGAAAAAUUAUCGCCCCAGGAAUUUACUGUCUUGGAUGGAAAAUUAGUCAAUAUUAGCCCAAUCAGAGGUUCUCAUUUGGAAAUUACAACAUACAAUCUUGCUACUGGAGAAUUAAUUGGUAAAACCUCCAAAAUAUCAGCUUCAUGGAUAACAGAUUAUGCAAAUUGCAUUAUCGUUAAAUCUAAUUUCGUAUGUCUUUCAAGUAAUGAUUAUUUAGGUCAAUUAUACUUUAUUGAUUUCCUUUCUAAAGAAGGCAGUGUUAACACAAAGUCAGUACAGAGUGUAUUAGAUGGAGUUUUAGGACCAAUAAAUAUUCGACAACUGAAAUCAAAUAUUCCAGCAUUCUUAUUAAUUUCCAACAAAUCAGUUAAACUAAUUGAGAUAAGUCAGUCAAACCUUGUAGUCAAAGAUACUGACAUAUCUUCAAACAUCCACAUAACUGAAAAUGAAGGUAAAAUAAUAUUUUAUCAGUUUGAAGCUAGUACCUCUCCAGAAAAAAUAAUAAGUGUCACAAGCAAAGAAUAUACUAAUGGUCAAGAAAUAUUAUCAAUAGACUUGGAUUACCCAAUAGGAUUGGGGGCACCAACAAUAGUAGCAAGCUACUCAAAAGGUCCUGCUACUAUUUUGUUAUUAAGUACUUCUGAUAACGCAUUACUUGUUGUGAAAUUACCCGAAGGCAAAGUUCAGUGGACCAAUGAAGAAGCUCUUAGUGAUAUAGUUGCUACAGAAUUUUUUGAGUUACCCAUGUCUGAAUCAGAUGCUUCAAUAGAGAACGAGUUCAAAACCAAUUCUAAUAAUGUGAUAAAUAUGUUGAUGCAUAGAUUAACUACACAAAUUAAACAGUUAUCAAAUUUUAUUUUUGGUAGCCAAUUACUUUCAGCAAGUGGUUUAGUAAGAGAUGAAUUUGGGUUCCAUAAAUUGAUUGUAGUUGCAACGAAAAUUGGCAAAUUAUUUGCAAUAGACACAUUUACUGGUUCAAUUGCUUGGAGUUAUAGAUUGCCUAAUAUUAAACCCUUUAAAUUGUUGGAAGAUGAGAAGAUGCUUUUGUUCGUACAAAGAACAGCUAGAUAUACACCGUUACCUGCACAAUGCACUCUCCUCGCUGAAGAUAUGUUGACUGGCAAUACCAUACUGUUUCAAUUUGAUCCAAUAACAGGUUAUUCCCAAAAAGGAAUUGAAAAAUUGAAUUAUAGGAUAUUACAAGCUGUACUUCUACCAUAUGAAGAUGAAAAUAAGCUUAAACCAAUUUUGUUGUUGUCAUCUAAUAAUGAAAUAGCAGUACAUCCUCCUUCAGCCAAAUCUAUAGUACACACUCAUAUAAAACACAAUCACAUAUACUUAGUAGAUAGUGAGAGCAACAGUGUGAAGGGAUUUAGUUUUUAUCAUGGUGAUGAUAAUGAAUUUGGACUUACACCAACUUGGGAAAUAAAAUUUCAUCCUUCUAAAUUAGUGUCAGUGAGUAGUAAGCAUCCUAAUGAGAGAGUUCAUUCCCAAGGAAGAGUUUUACCUGAUAGAUCAGUUUAUUAUAAAUAUGUGAAUCCUAAUUUAAUCAGUGUGGCUACAUUAAGUGAUGACCCUAUUCAUAAACAUGUAUUGAGUAUUUAUUUAAUUGAUGGUGUUUCUGGUUUCAUUAUGUAUUCAACAUCUCACAAGAGAGCUAAAGGACCAAUUCAUAUGGUACAUUCAGAAAAUUGGCUUGUUUAUUCCUAUUUCAGUGAAAGAUUCAGGAGAACAGAAGUGGUAUCUGCGGAGUUAUAUGAAGGACAUGUCCAAAGUAAUAGUACUGUUUUUAGUUCGUAUGCCAUUAGUGUUUUACCUCACGUACAAACCCAAUCCUACAUAUUACCUGCAACUCCUGUCGACAUGACUGUUACUCUUACAGAAAAAGGAAUAACUAAUAAAUUUUUAUUAUUGGCUUUAUCUACUGGAGCUGUUGUAGAAAUUCCGUGGCUUUUAUUACAACCGAGAUUUAGUGACAUACCAUGUGGUCCAGAAGAAAGUUGUAUUCCUUAUAUGCCUGAAGUUCCUUUGCCCACAGAAGCUGUGAUAAAUUAUAACCAGACUUUAAGUGUUAUUAAAGGUAUUGAAGUUGCACCAGCUAGGCUUGAAAGCACAUGUCAUGUAUUAGUACACGGCUUAGAUAUGUUUUAUACUAGAGUGGCACCUUCAAAAACGUUUGAUGUAUUGAAGGAAGAUUUUGACUAUAUAAUGAUUGUAUUGGUUUUAAGUGGAUUGAUUAUUGCAAGUUAUGUUACUAAAUACCUUGCUUCCAAAAAAACUUUAAAACAAUUAUGGAAAUAAGUUGUUAACUAGUCAAUUUGAUGUUUUUAGAUAUUUUUUUAGUAAAACUUAUUAAAAUGCAGUUUAUCAAAUCAAUUUAUUUAAUAACAAAAUAAAACUGAAGAUUUAUUUUUAUUGUAAUAACAUCUGCAUUUUUUUUGUUAGUUAGGAACAAAAAGAAAUAAGGAUAAAUAUGUUUUAAUAACUUAUAUAUUUAAAGGGAGCAAAUAAUGCAUUUAUUUAGUGUGAUAGUAUGAACAUAUUAAUUACAAAGUUGAAAAUUCUUGGCUUGGAUAAAAAUACUUAUCGAGAUUGACUAUUUUAUAUACAUAUUGUGAUGAAAAUUUAUUAUCAAAACUAACAAAAAUUUAUUCAUUACUGUUUAAAACAACGAGAAAAAAGUUUUUCUAAAGAUAUAAUUAAAAUAUGAUACAGCAUGAUUCCAUAAGAUCUACAAUAUUAAAAAUACGUUUCAAUAAGUUAUCUUUUCAUGAAAAUUUUUCAAAUACUAUUUUGAAAUUCACAUUUAUGCAAAAAACUUCCUCAAAUUUUGUCACCACAUUUACCGUCUUGUAUCUCCAUAUUCUCAAGAAAAUUAUCACUUUAAUUUCACAUAUUUAGUAACAUCCUUUACUUUGGUUGAGUUGAGAAUAGUUUCCAGAGAAUCAAUAUUUUAAUUCAUCUUCUUUUAACGAACCAUCUGUGUUUUUUGUUAAUUAUUAACACAUUGAGCCCCAACCAAAAUUGACCAACUUUCCCCCGGGCUAAAAAUUUUUUUUUGUGUUUUUACACUUCAUAAGGGGUGUGGGUCCCAUUAAUUUGAAAUUAAAAGUGCUAAAAAAUGUUUUUCAUGUGCGGUCCAGCCUUGGGCCCGAGGGAAAGUUUACCCCUAUAACUUUCUCUGGGGCCCAGAGCACAUAAUUUUUUGCAGUUUUUAUUCGAAUUAAAUUUUUUCAUUAUAUUUCUUUGAAGAUACAUGCAGUAUAGAAACACAAAAUUUUAUUUGAUUUUCCAAGGACCCAGGACGGUCCAACCAAACUAUAAAAUAUAUUUAAGGGCUGCGAACCUACAGACCACACCGGUGCUCAACGUAUUUAGUUGAAUUUGUCUCUUCCUGGAUCUGAUUUUCUCUAUUCUAUUAAUGUUUACCUUUGCGAAUGUACAAGUUUGAAUGUAAGAACAGGGAUUAUACACUUAUUGAAGACUUAGUUAUUGAGGAUACCUUUUAUUCUUUACGCUGUCUUCUGUUGAUCUCUUCAGUUUGAUUUCCUGAUUCUGCUUUAUGUUCCAAGUAUAUAUCCUUUCUUUUCCCCUUGUGUUUAUGUGCCACUUUAUCUUCUAGUUGUUUAUGGUCAAUCAAAAAAUCAUUUAAAUAAUCUUAUAAAUAAUAGUAUUUGUAUUACUGAUAAUAUUGCAAGAAUUUACUUAUUUAACUUUAUUUCUUUUUGCAGCUUUACUUUAUUAGUCCAGUCAAUAUAGACAUUUGAAAUAACAAAAAUUCCCGGAAAGUCAAAUAUUGGUGGACAGCUGGGGUUUACCAUUACAAAUCAAGUUUUAAAAAUCCGCAUCGAUAUCAAGUGUGUUUUUGGAUUUUCCUCGAAAACGGUAAGUUUUAUAAAAAAAAUCAUACUAAAGUUGUAGCUAUCAAAAUCCUCUACGAGAAUGAUUGUUUUGAUUUUUUUCCUAAGAAUUAACAUUCCUGAGAUAUCGCGAUUCUAAGAGUCACAUUAUACAUGAUAUGCACGUAUUUCCACGCCAUCUGUCAGGUAGUGGCGCGUUUUCACUGUGGUUUCUCCUGUAGCCCUACUUCACUAACUUUCAUGACAAUUUUAGGAUAAUUCAAGGGAAUAAUACCCGUCAAGUUCUAGAUAAUACCUUAUUAUUGAUAUGGCUAUUGAUUAUUGGGUUAUCAGAUUCAUACUCAUUAAAGUCUGCUUCAACAGUUAUGUCUUCUUCGAUUUCUUCAUCUUUCUCUUCUUCUAGCUGAAUGUUCAUAAAUUGUUCCAAUGUAGCAGAUUCAUUGGUCUCUUCAUUAAAAUCACAGGAAUCUUCCUCUAUUCUACUCAACUGGACAUUUGAGCAGGACUGACAUUGGCAAUUGGUACACGCUGAAGAUAACAGCAAUCUGACUUUUUUACAGUCAGAUUUGGCACUACAACUUUUUUUGCAAUUGCACAAAAUAGUGUUGAAGAGUUUUUCUGGUGGGAGUAAAGUUUCAAUCGGUUCCAGAGUAUUAUCUAUCAAUUUCUAGCCCUAGUAUUCAGUUGUAUGCCUAGCCGUGUUUGAAAUUGAUAGUAUACUCGAAUAGCAGAUGCCGAUGUUGGAGGAAGAUAUAAUAGUUGUACUUGUUUCUUGUUUCGCGUAUUUUUUACAAAAGUUAAGUAUCGGUACUGUCAUUUUUUUUGCAGUUUUUCGCAAGGAGAAAGCGAAUUCCUUCCGCAAUUAUUAUUUGUGGUGUGGAAUCAAUUUCUGUAAAUACUUUAGCGCACUCAGUCAAAUCGUUUUUUUUUCGAAUAAUUUAAAUACUGACGUUUUGCUCCUUCUGUACAUUGCUGACGAAGUGUCGCAUCCGGUUAUCGCAUGUAAAAAUAAAAUAGAGUUUUGGCAUUUGAGAUAAGCAAAUAAACUUUUUGAAAAAUAUUUUUCUGUUCGCUGUUGAGCCCUCCCGGGUUUCAGAAAAUAGAUAAUUUGAUCCAAUGGAGUCCUUGCAGUGAGUAGUACUAACAAAUCAACAUCUUCACCAACUACAAUUGUUGUGUUUGUUGCAUUAAAUUUUUCUAUUGGGUACAGGGGAUUCAGUUAGCGACUGACUAAAAGAGACACAAAUAGGUGCCUUAAGUGCUUGAUUAUGUAUAUACGUGGCUUAUGUGCAUAUCAUGUAUAAUGUGACUCUUAGAAUCGAGAUAUCUCAGGAAGGGUAACUAUAAGGAAAAAAUCAUAGGGUCUAUUUUUGUAGAGAAAUUUAAGAUCUACAACUUUGGUUUAAGGUUUUUUUUUGAUAAAACUUACCGUUUUCUAUCCAAAAAACCUCAAAUUUUGACCUCUGACUCCAAAUAAUUUUUGUAGCACUCAUAGUUUCGAUGGGAAUUUUUAAAACUUUAUUUAUAAUGGUAAACCCUAGCUCUCCACAAAUAUUUGAUUUUCCGGGAAUUUUUGUUAUUUGACCACUAUUUUUAUGUCGAAAUUGACUGGACUAUUAUUUACUCUUUAUUGAUUGUGAAUAUACAGCUAUUAGUCAGAAGUUAUUAUGAUAAAUAAACUUGAAAUGACUAUUUCAUUGUAUGCAAAAGUUAGAUGAUUAAUAUUAGAAUGUUAGUAGGAAAUUUCUGAUAUUGAUAUACCAAAAUACAAGGUUUUUCAUCACUAUAUAUUAUUUUUACAUAAUAAAAAUGUAUAAUUAUUCUUAGAAACUAUUAGCACUAGUAAGUGAUUUAUAGAAUGAUGAACUACCUUAGGCUUGUUCUUAGUAGCUGCACUGCCAGAACUAGUUCAGGAAACGUUCUUUGUAGCGGAACCAAAGCUAGUGUCACUGUUCUUAGUGGCAGUGCAAGAAAACUAGUUCAACCAGCUCAGCGUACUGCUUUCACUGGGUCUAGAGUCAGUUCAGCCAGUGCAAUAAGUAUAAUCUGGAAACGGUGGCACUACAUCUUCGUCAUCGGACGAAUGUAAAAUAUCAAAAAGUAUUAAAUAGUUUUUCAUUAUCCUUAAUACUAUAAGGCCUGAAUCACAUCAAGUAACCUCAAAUACAACAUUCAACAAAUGCUCCAUUGCUCUCUGACCUAUAUCGUUCUUUGUAUCCGAUCGAACUGGUCCAGUUCCAGUGCAGCCACCAAGAACAAACCUCUUAUGUAAAUGAAAAUUGUGUAAUAAAUGAAAUGUUAAUCUACAUAAAAUACAGAAUUAUUAUGAUUAAAUAGACCACCAAUCGCUCGAAUGGUUGUUUUCACUGAAGGAUCUAAACUCCAAAUAAGUAAGAUGGCGACUAAAAUAAGAUCACUUGAACGCAACAAGACACACAGCUCAAGAAAAUCUCAACUUAGGAAUUCCCAUCAGCGAUAGACCAAUAAAUCACACAAAAACCAAGUGAUAUUCAGACUCGUUAACCAUAGCCCAGCUUCGCCAAUCACCUAAAUUACUUUUACUAAUAAGAAAAGGAUUUGUGCUCAAGUUGGAAGAAACACCUAAACGAAUACUUUUUCAAAUUCUUCAAGGACUAUCUCGAUCCAAUAAAAUACGCUCUAUACUUUGAAGACGAUGAUAUUUACCAAUUUUUCUGCAACAUAAUACAAGAAACAUUCAAGAACUCGACGUAUGAUUUGAUAAAUAAAUCUCUUAAGAUAGAAAAAUAUCAUAAAUCAUUACCAUCAAGGAACAACCAACCACAAUGGCAUAAGUGGAACAGAAACUCAAAUUCGAACCCUAUAUUUUUUUGAUCAGUAAAUACAACAGAAAUCCUUCAAAACGAAAAUUCAUGAUAACACCAAUCCUCACAAAAUCCUUGGAAAUCAUUUAUCUCGAUACCUUUCAAGCAAACGGCCAGAAGUUUCUAACAAUCGUUGAUGCAUUUUCCAAAUACGGACUAGCCUAUUCAAUACAAGGAUCCAACUCUGUCCAUGUCCUAAACGUUCUCAUCUAUGUAACACACAAUGUAAUACCGUACUUGAAGGUUUCUCGACACUCAAAGAUUGUAAUCUUCGAAUGGCCCACAAUCAAGGAGAAUAGUCGAACGAUUCCACUUCACAAUAUUUGAACAUCAUAGAAUUCUCAGAACAAAGCUGAAAACCUUAAGUAUAAAGGAACAAAUUUAAAGGUCCAUCUAGAUGCGUGAGACCCAUUUGACUUGGAUAUCGAUAGAGCUUUGCUGAACAACUAUACACAAAGCCAGAGAUAAAACUAAAAAAAUAUAUAAAGCUAUAAACGUUAAAGAAAGAGUUAUAGAGGAAAAGAAGGCAACACGAAAAACUCCUAUAAACUUUAACCAAAAUUCUCUCCUAAACUGGUCACAAAAGAUAACGAAGUUACCAUUGACACUCAAAAUACAACUGUACACAAGAAAAAUGUGAAAAACCAACCAUGGAAAUCGAAUACAAAUCCUAUAUUACAGACAAACAUCGAGCGGUCGAGAGAGCCAUAAGAAUAUUUAGCUGCUGCCGCAUUUUUGAACUUUGCGUUAUAGACAUUGAUUGUUUGGUGAUUUUUUAUCGAUUUUUUUCGCUUAAUACAGUGAUAUAACUCUCAUGCGAACGUUUUGAAACACCAGAUAUAAUGGCUCAAGAAGUACUGAUCCUAGAUCUCAAGAACAACUCAGAAUGUUCUUCCUCUCAAGCUGUAACUAGCGAGAAUUCGAACUAGCAAAUACGAUUUUAUCCACUAUUUUCACAUGAGACCACUAGCUGAAGAAAUAAAUGCACUAGAAACGCAAUAUCAAACAGUCACAUCAGAAAUCCAUCGGCUCCAAAAUUUUGAUCAAAGCUUACAGUAUCUUGUAAUCGCCGCUAAGAAGAUACUCCAAAGCAUUUACCAACAAUAUAAACUAAUAAAAAGAGGUUUAAACAACGGUUUGGGAAGCGUUAUCAAAACAUUAUCAGGAAAUUUGGAUCAAGAAGACGACGAAAGAUAUGAGUGGGCAUCGCAUCACUUGAGUAAAACCAGAACAAUAUAAUAACGAAAAUUCGAGUCUUAAUACACUGUUAAUGGCGAACUUUAAUUACACAAGAUCACUUAUUACACACAACCAAAAAAAUAUCGUUAUCGAAAAAAACAAAAUCAACAUCGAUUUAAAUAAAAUAAAUAUACUAGACCAAUUCAACUUAUACAAAUAUCCUACUAACAUUGAAGUGCUAGAUACAUUUAUAGUGAUGUUUUAAACAAUCACCAUGUACCUAACAUGUAACAUUAACAUGAAAUAAGUUAUUAAAAAAAAUAGGUAGUAUUAAAAUGUGGCGAUCUAGUAUCCAAAUAUUGUAUUUAAAAAUCAUUUUUAAAUGAAUUAUUGUUUGAAUUUACUUUAUUUUCUUGAUAUUUAUAAUUAUGUUAUUAAUUAAUCAUUAUAAAAUUGAUGUUAAUUCAGUUAUAGAUAUUCAUUCAUUCCUUUUUUAUUAAUUUUUGUGCGUAUUGUAUAUUUAUUGUUAUAAAAUUAAUUAUGUAUAAGAUGUACGAGGAUAUAUUGAAAAAUUCUUAGCCCAUUAUAGUACCAAACAAAAUUUCAAUGUCAAAAUAUUUUAUUACUCAACAUAUUCUCCUCUUAAUUGGAUACAUACAGCGAACCUGCAACGUCUCUAGAUCUUUCAAAAAAAAAAUGUUUCUUCUUGCUCUGCAAACCAGAUCUCCUCAGCUUUUAUUACCUCCUCGUUGGAAGAAAAUUUACGACCUUUUCAACUUUUUUACAGUUGAGAAAAGAGGUGAUAGUCGGACGGAGCUAAAUCUGGUGAAUAAGGGAGGUGUUUUUUGCAUGGCAGCAUGAGAUUUGUGUACAGGGGCGUUAUCCUGCAAAAACAAAACACCUGUGUAUAGCUUUCCGCGUCUUUUCUCUUUAGUUUUUUCCUGUAGACUGGUCAUUAAUGUCUAAUAGUAAUCUCCAGUUAUUGUUCUACCCUUAUCUAAAAAAUCAAUCAUGAUUACUCCAUGGCAAUCUCAAAAAACUGAAGCAAGAACUUUUCCAACAGAUUUUUAGAAACGAAACUUCUUAGGUCUUGAAGAACCAGAGUGUCGCCAUUCAACACGCAAUAUUUUGUUUAUGCAUGAAACUGGUCUAGGUUAACUAGAUAUCAAUACAUCUCCGUACAUUAUUAAAUAUUUCAUAUAUUCAAAAUGUUAACAAAUCGAACUUUAUAUGAAAAAUCAGUAACUCUCAAGGCAGUAGUAGGUAGUUCUUCUUUUUUAUCAAUAUUUUAGUUAUUUACUGGAUGAAUGUUCCCAAAUUUUUAUUUGAUAAAAUAUGAAUAUAAACAGUGCUUUCCACUAAGCGUUCACGGCGCCUAAAAUAGUCUUUUGUCCAGAGGUGGGUCGAAGUGCACUCCACUAAAAAAUCCAAUAACUUACAAAUUAUAACAUAAUCUCUUAAAGCUUUCGCUUUAUUUUUUCUGUUUUGCAAUUAGGGGGCGUUCAAGUAUUGCGUAACGCAAUUUGGGGAAAAGGUGGGUCUAGUAAAACGUUACUUUACUGUCGGAGAAGGGGGGUUCGAACAACGUGUUACGUAACACUAGUUUUUCAUUAAAAUAAAAAAUACUAGAAAAGUAAAAUCGUCUAAGUUAGUAACCCUUUUCGUUUAUGUUUUACGGCGAAUCUCUCGACUGUAUUGUACAUCAUCUUUUUUUUUUAUUUAUUUAUUUUUUUUUCGUUAUCAGUAUCCGUUAGUGAAGUGAUUUAACAAUUCCAAAACCCUUUUCGUCUGAUCUUCGGAUGCCAGUGGUGAAAAAGUCUGAGUGGCUUGCAAACCUGUGGACAGAGAAACAGUAUAGUUCUUCCAAUAUCAAUUGCAGAUUAUAAAAACUGGUUCGAAACCCUUGCCGACAAUUUUGUUUGAUCUACCAUUUAUGAAUCAAUCAUUAUUAUACCUCGUUAACUUGCUACAACUGAAUAUUAAAUAAUAAAACAUAAAUAGACGAGUAAAAUGUACCUGCCUUUAAGGGAGUUUAGUUUAAACAGGGUACUAGACGUGAACUGAUCCUUUUUUGUACCCCAUUCGUUUUUUUUUUUGGAAAUUCUAAGGUAAAAACCAUAAAGAAAAACAAAUUCUUUGCAAAUAAAACAAAAGGAAAAAAACAUUUCAAUUCCAAAGUAUGCUUAAUGCUAAAAUUUGAGCUUUGUUACUACUACUAUUUGGUAUCUUAAAGAUCAAAAUGCCUCGUAAUCCACUCCACUUGGGUUUACUAUUGUCACGCUUUGGACUAAGUGGAACGAGGAAAAUCGUGGUCGUAAAUGCUUAGUGGAAUGCUUAUAUUGUCUAUAAUGAUGAAAUGAAGCAAUGAUUUAUAAUUUGAACAAAAGUCUACCUACCAACUUAUCAUUUGGUAACGUUAUCUGUAAUAUUAAAGGAGUCUGCCCACUACACCGUAUCAUACCAUGACCGUAAUAGGAACGUGUCAGGCAAAAAAAUAUUCUUUGUAUAGAAAAGCAUGGCACUACGUCCACUAGACUGUUCCGUCACCGAUCCGUACCGUCUCGUGCCAUGCACGGAGCGUUGAUAAUUGUCCGCGAGAAUAUUUUGCCGGUGCCGGUACGCUCCGCGCAUGGCACGCCACGUUGUCCAACCGAUGCGCGCAGGCAGCAAAAAGGUGAUUAUACGGGUUACAACCGCGUAUGAGGACCGUUAUAAACGCGCCUCAAAUGCCUUCACUGAAUUUUCUUCAUCUUCAACUAAGGGCCUGUACAACGUCCAAUAUUCUCCUUCAGUUUUCCGUUUUUUUAUAGUCUCGUAAAUCCAGUAGCGUCGAGUGGGUUUUUGAUUCUCUUCUUCUUCCUCAUCCAAUAUUAUGGCAAUCAUUGCCAGUUGUCUCACAGUUAAUCUUUUAAUAGCCAUAUAAUACCUUUUUUAUUAUUUUAAAACUCGAUAACACUCACCAGAGGUCCAGGCAGUACUGAUACACAUGCGAGAAUGAAACGACUUCUUAUCAAUUUUACGUCAUAAAAAUUGCGGGUGGGCAACAUACGGGUUACAUACGGACACCAAACCGGCAUCAUACGGGCAUUAAUCGCCGUCGAUUCGUUUCAGUGGGCAAAGCAAGCCGUAUCGUAUUGCCUUCCGUGCUUGAUACGUUCAUAGCACGGUCAUGGUAUGAUACGGUGUAGUGGGCAGACUCCUUAAAGGGUAGCCAUCAAUCUCUCAUGUAAUUAAAAAUAUUAUUAGAUUAUCAGUUAUUUCAAGUAAUGUGGAAUUUUGUCUUAAUUCGUUAACAACGUCCUAUUUUACUGCUCAAGACCAUUCAUUUUUUAGCGAUAUUGGAAAGAAACCAAAACCAUUGAAUGAUAUACUGUAAAAUGUGUUUAUAUGAUUAUUAUUUCAUACAUUUCUUCAAAUUAAUAUUGUUACAUCGUCUGCAUACGCAACAACUUGUACAGCUGAACAGGCCUUGAAGGUCGAAGGCUUGGAGUCGGUCUACUGCUUUUCUCCAUUUAGUUUUGUCCAUGGCUACGUCAUUCCAGUUAUUUAUUUUAGAUCUUCUCUUUAUACUUCUAUCCCUUAAUAAGGAUCUUUUUGGUCUGACCACGUACAGUGCUUUGACUUUUGCGUUUGUUCUUCUCCACUCCUCUGAAAUCCUUCUUAGUACCUUUCUCUACCAUAUGUUUAUUUUGUUUUCUUCAUAUAAAUGCAUAACUUGGCGGUUCUUGAAAUAUCUUAAUAGUCCUCCUAGGACUCCAAACGUUUUAUUCUCUUUAUCCAGUCUUUUAUAGAUUUUCCUGGUUUUACCUCCUUUGUUUGUGAUUGUUACUCUCCCUGUUUUGCUGUGUCGUCAGUUUAAUUGGAGUUAUUCAAAUAUCUUCCCAUCUCUAUAUAUUUAGUCCAUAUUCUUUUGCUUUCUUUUUAUCAAUAUUCUUGAUUUUGAGUAACUUUAUUUUUUCAAAUGUUAGAUAUCUCUUUUUGUAUUUUUUCAUUCCACUAAACGAGGUUACAGUUUCAAAUACGUAUUUUUAUGUCCUUAGAUGGUCCAUUCCUCUUUCGUCUUGUCUUGCUAUCUUCAUGUAUUUGGUUUAUUUCUAGACCGAUUUUUCCUACUCCUGUUUCCAGUUUUUUCAUUACCUUUAUUAGUUCUUCUCUUGUAUUAUUUGUUAUGAUAUUUUUGUUAUUUCAUUUUGAUUUUCUUACUUCGUUUUCUAAAAUCAUAUUAAACAGGGUUGGAGAGAUCGAAUCGCCUUGCGUGACUCCUUUAUUUAUUUUCAUUUCUUCUGUUAGUGUUCCCAGAUAUCUUACUUUGGCUUGCGUGCUUUGUUAUAUAACUUUCAUUAACAUCUUUAAUUUUCUGAGUACUUUUAGGUGUUUAUAAAUCUUCUAUCACUGUCUAUUUAUUGAGUCAAACGCGCUUUUAAAAUCUAUGAAGAUUCUGUGUAGCUCCAUUUGAGUUUCCAUGUUUUUUUGUACUGUUUGGUCUAUUGUGUGGAUUGCGUUGAUUGUGGAUCACCCUUUUCUGAACCAAUUUUGGUAGUCUCCCAGUAUACGUAUAAUUUGAGUUUUCUAGUUAUUAAUAUGGCUAGUAUUUUAUACGUAAUAUUAGGAAGUCCUCUUGAUCUAUAUUGUAUUGGUAUAAUAACACCAGUAUUCCAUUCCUUUGGGAUCUUGUUUUGUUACCAGAUGGUCUCGAUGAGUUGAUGAAUUUGUUUUUUCAUUUUUUCUCCGUAUUUUAACCGAUCAACUUCUAUUCCAUCUUCUCCAGGGGCUUUCCCAUUAUGAAGAAUCAUAUAAUCAACAAAUGUAUCUUGAUUGUUCUAUAUAAAAUUGUAUGUGUUUGAAUUCUCAAAAAAAUUUUGUACAAAUUAAAAUGUAGAGUAAAAUAAACUUGAGGUUUGGGGA